AUGGCUCACGGCGUCUCGGCGGCCGCACUCGACGCCAGGGCCCGCGUCAUCUGCGACCUGGCGGUGCCGCGCAUGCGCGAGACCUUCAUGCUCGACAUCAAGACUCAGUGGCGCCUGCACGGCACCUGCGCAGCUUUCUGCGGCGAUGCCAGGGACCGAGCGCGCAAGGCAUACGACGACUACGUCAAAGGUCUGCGUUCUGGGGACCUGUGCGGGAUGACGUGGAUGCCUACCUGCGACCGGGCUUUGCGCCGUUUGCUUGCCCCUGCUACCAGCAAGGCCAUGUACCACGCGGACAUGCUCGUGCGCGGCUUCCUGCGCCACGUCAUGGGCAGCGAGGCUCGGGUCGUCCUGGCCGGCAGCGCCGGGACCGCGAUAUUGAUGAACAAGCUCGGUGUACAGCGCGACUGGUUUCCCAAUGACAUCGACAUUUUCGUCGCCGAGGAGAAGCACGCCGAUUUCAUUGCCGACGCCUACGACACCGGGGUGUUGCGCCCACUGAGGUGCCGUUUGAGAAAGCAGACCCAUCUCUUCUACGACUCCGAGUCCUCUGACGGCGACGAGGGCGCCUGGUGCGCGGCCGAGAUGAACGCGGCCAUGGCCGUGGAUGCUGCGCUGCCGCCGCUGCCGCCCGAGCUUGAGGCGGCGCAGGCUGCCGCGGCGGCCGAGGCAUUCAAGGAGCUCCGUGGCCUGGUCCUCCCGCGGCACGCCAACCGCCACCGCUCCGGCUACCGCGUGCUGACGUCGGUCGUCGUUCGCCCCCGGCUGCCAGACGAUUGUCCGCCGGAUCUCGUGCGCUUGAUUCGCCCCAUCAACAUCGUGCUCGUCCGGGUGCCCGGGCGUGCGUCGCAGGCGGUCGACUUUCCCGGUCUCGUCCGGGAUGGGUUUGACUUGGUACCCUGCGCAGUGAGCGUGCGCGUGGGCGACGACUUCUCCUUCCGUUGUUCUUGCACGUCCGGCACCCUCGCCGCCGUGGAGAGGCGCAUGCUCUUCUUCAACCCAGAGGCGGUGGCCUGCCGCAAGUUGGAGGAGAUCAAGAGGAUGGUUCAUCGAGUGAGGAAGUACGUGGUCCGCGGGUUCACGUUCUUGAAGUCGUCCACCGCGAUUCUCAGGUCGCUGACGCCGGCUGAGAGGCGCGCCAGCGCCGUGGCCUACGCCGCAUCGGGGGCGCUGUCUGGCUCGGAGGGCGCCGACGCCGCGGACGAGGUGGGCGCCUAG